AUGGCGUCCGCACUUGCGGCGCGGCUCGCCAGCUCGGGGCCCGGUGCCGCCCAGGGCCUCGCCGGGCGCGGGGGGGCCGCUGCGGGGCUGGCCGCCCGGCGCGUGCAGGCCCGAGGCCUCGUGCGGCACGUGGUGAUGUUCGGCUUCCGGGACGGCGUCACGCAGCAGCAGAAGGUGGACCUCAAGGCGGCGUUCGACGCGAUGCCUGGGAAGAUCCCCCAGAUCAGGCAGCACCAGACUGGCCUGGACUCGCUGCUGCCCAGCGGUCGGUCUCACCCCGCGGGCAAGAAUCGCGACUUCGUGUGGUGGUGCGACUUCGAAGACGCCGACGCCUACGAGGAGUACGCUGGCCACCCAGACCACCUCGCGGUGCUGGCCCAGGUCAAGGAAGUGAUCGAGGCGGGGUCCCGCGCGGCGAUCCAGUACGAGCACUGA